AUGGAGCUCCACAGCCAUUUGAAAACGGCUACAGCGGCCGAUUCUUCUCUGGACGCCGAUGAUUCAGCCUACUCCAGAGACGAGAGAGACCUUUUGAGGCUGGGGAAGAGAUCGGUGUUGAAGCGCAAUUUUGGCUUCAUGUCGAUUUUGGGUUUCUCGUGCACAGUUCUGAUUACUUGGGAGGGAAUACUUAUAGUAUCUACUCAAAGCCUUGUCAAUGGUGGGCCUGCGGGUGUCAUUUGGGGAUACUUGAUCGUUUGGGUCGGCACUCUGUCGACUUUCACGGUAUUAUCGGAGAUGGCCUCAAUGGCACCGACUGCAGUGGGGCAAUAUCAUUGGGUGGCGAUGCUGGCACCCAGAGCUUCGAGGCGGUUUUUGAGCUACCUUACCGGCUGGAUGACCAUUGCUGGCUGGCAAGCAGUAACCGCUUCUGCUGCUUACCUCAUUGGCAGCCUUUUGCAAAGUGUUAUCAUUUUGUUGAAGUCAGAUUACGCCCCUCAACCAUGGCAAACCAUGCUCUUCUUCUGGGCAAUACUAGGCUUCGCUGUUUUCAUCAACACAGUCGCGAGUAAAACUCUGGCGCACUUUGAGCGCCUCAUUCUAAUACUGCAUAUCCUGGGGUUCUUUGCUAUUCUUAUUCCGCUUGUUUGCCUCGCCCCCCAUGGCGAUGCUUCCCUCUUUACUAUCUUCGUCAAUGAAGGCGAGUGGCCUACUCAAGGCUUGUCAUUCAUGGUAGGCCUUCCGGCCUCGGUAUUCUCGCUCAUUGGUGCUGAUUCGGCUGUCCAUAUGGCCGAAGAGAUCAAGGGCGCAUCCACCAUCGUACCUCGAGCUAUUGUCAUCAGCAUCGUCCUCAACGGCAUCCUAGAAUUCUCCAUGUUAAUCGCAUACCUGUUCUGCCUUGGCGAUGUAGGAGCUGCGCUAGAAUCGGAAGAAGCACUGGGUUAUCCAUUCCUGUUCGUUUUCCAAACCGGCGUAGGCUCAUCAGGGGGAGCCGCCGUUAUGGGCCUGAUUGUUGUGGUCCUCGGCACAUGCAGCACCAUUCCCGGCGACUGCGCCGGCCCGAAGAACGCGUACUUGGACUCCAUUACCUCAAACGGCGAAACAAUCGAGUGCCUGACCGCCGGGCCAGGGCCCCUUCGGGCAUCCUGUUUUCCCAACGUGACGUUUCCGUCACGCUCGAGUUUCUACUCGCCGGGCGUAUGUCCCUCGGGCUACUCGUAUGCGUGCUCAGAUAAGAACACGUACUCGUUCGGGAGCGUGACGGAGACGACGGUGACAUGCUGUCCAACCUUUUCCUCCUUCGCCUGCAACACCGAGACGGAAGCGAGCCCCUGGGGCGCGAUACCGCGGGCUGGCUGCAUCGCGCAGCUCAAAAACAUCAUCGUGUCGGAGGCCCAAACGAGCAUCAUCCCGGCCUCCCAGCUCUCAGAUCCGUCUGUGUCGGUCGACUCGGACGGCAACGCCAUCCUGUCCUCGCCCAUCGUCAACGCCUACGGCAUCCAGGUGCGCUGGCAGCCCUCGGACGAGGCCGUGCUGUUCGGUAGCGGUAACGCCCCGACGACCUCGUCCUCCACGGCGUUCCCGUCGCAGACCGACUCGGCACCGGAGUCCUCUACGGCGGCCGGCGGGCUGAGCACGGGUGCUAUAGCUGGGAUUGCAGUCGGCGCGGUUCUCGGCGCUGCGAUACUCAUCGGGGUGGUGGCGUGGAUGCUGAUAUCGAAGAGGCGGAAAAGGAGGCAGGAGCGGAACCAGGAUUAUCUGGACCAUGCCGGCCCCAAGGGGUCAGAAGGCCAGGCUUGUUAUGCGUCGUCGGUAAGGCAGGAUCCGUCCGCCCGGCAUGAACUUGAGGUGCCGAAUCCCCAGGGCGUGAUUCCCAAAAGUGAACUCCCUGCGGACCAUCUGCACAUGCCCUCUCCGAAUGCAAACAUGCACAGUGAAUUGCCUGCGGUGAGGCCUCCAGCGGAGCUCCAAGGGUAG